CGCCCCUGCCAUGCCUCCACACUCCUCCCUGUCUCGGCUUCGAUUCCGCACUUCCCAGUUCCCUUCCCACAUUCCCACACCCGCCUGCCUUCCUUCCCGUCGCCUUCUUCCCCGCUCCUCCGUGUCCCACUCCCGUACGUGAUACGCCCUCGGGCUCGGAGAAGGAAAAGCCCGCUCUGGCACCAGCUCCUCGCAUCGCAUCUCCCCUGCCAGGGACCAGGCAUCCCUCGUCCCGGUACGUCGUGCCUCCUCACCUCCCUUUUUCCAAACUCUCGUCUGCUGCUUUACUUCGCCCCGCCCAGCCCCGCUGGCGAGGUUGAGUUUAUUGGUGCUGCCGGGACCGGGAGUGUGCUUGCGCGUUCGGUUUUACCGCAAUGGGGGAGAUGUCCGGGCCGUGUUCGUUCUUCCUGGCGAUGACGCUCUGACAGGUCUGGAGCAGAUAUGGGUGUCAUCGGAGGAACACCUCCUGCAAGCUGCCCAACAACCCGGCACUGCGCAGAAUGGGCCCGAAUCUACUUGAAGUACUGCUUGUGCAGCCAGAAGGAAGGCGCUGCUCUGGCACUUGGACUAAUCAGUGUCGUAAGCUGGGGCCUCGCCGAGGUGCCACAGAUAAUGACAAAUUACAGACACAAGUCAACAGAGGGGCUCUCUGUCGCCUUCCUUAUGACCUGGAUUGUUGGAGAUUUGUUUAACCUUGCCGGUUGCUUCCUCGAACCUGCAACUCUGCCAACUCAGUUCUACAUGGCACUGCUAUAUACCAUCACAACUCUGAUUCUUACUGGACAGACGAUCUACUAUAGCCACAUCUACCAUCAUCUUAAACUAAAAAACUCCAGGGCAGCUAGCAAGCCUCAAAAGCAUCAAUACCGGGAUGCUUCAUUACGCGAAAAGCUUUUGGGUGCCAAGGGCAGUGCAGCAUCAAGAAACAAUGAAUCAGAUACUACAGUUCUUAUUCCAAGCUCACCUAUCCCUGUUAAUAUGAAAUUGGUUGACCAAUACCAUGGAAGCAGCUCCAACGCUGACUACUACUACAUGUCAGCAAGGUCCUUGUCCAGGAGUCCAGUGCCAACUGCUGGUAUAUGGUCCGGCAGUAAUCGUCAAUCAUCAAGAAGUCCUCCACAAAUGAAUGAUCAAAGGGGAUCUUUAAUUGGUGAGAUCGCUCCGGAACAUUCUGCACCAUCUACUGUUACAAAAAAUGCCCUCUCAGUGGCACCAUGGAUGGGUCUUCUAUUGGGUACGUGCCUCUUGCACAUUUUGAUUGGAAACAAACAUAGGGAGAUGGCAAGUGGCACUGUCAUACCAAUUGGAAGAAGGCUUUUACUGUUUGUGGAUGAUCAUGGAAAUUCAUCGCUUAGCCAGAGCAGUGGAAGUGAAAUUGGAAGCUUUCUUGGUUGGGCUAUGGCAAUGAUUUAUAUGGGUGGGCGGCUUCCCCAGAUUUUGUUAAAUAUGCAAAGAGGCCACGUUGAGGGGCUGAAUCCAUUGAUGUUUACCUUUGCUUUACUGGGAAAUUCAACAUACGUAGGAAGUAUACUUGUAAAUAGCUUGGACUGGUCGAAACUUAGACCAAAUCUCCCGUGGCUUGUAGAAUCGGGAGGAUGUGUUUUGCUGGAUUCUUGUAUUAUUCUUCAGUUCCUUUAUUUCCAUUAUCGGAAACGAAGGGAGCCUUCGGAUGAGCACGACAACGCAGACAAAGCCUGACUGAUAUAGAAACUACUGUUUCUUCUUCGGCUCAAAGAACUGAAGCUGAAAUGGGUACCGACACCGACCUGCCUCCUACAACGGGCUCUGGAUAGCAGCAGCAUCGUUGUUACCUGAAGAUUUGGAGCGUCGUUUCACUGGUUGCUGCUUGGAGGGUACUUCUCACCGCCGUCAUGUCCUGUGGAGAGCCUUGUGAACUAUUAUUUGUCUUGUAGUGUCAAAAUGUCUUGUUUUUUUGUAUUUAUUUAUAUCAGAUAUUUGAUGUUGGCUGGUCUGCUUUUGUUUUAUAUUCUUUUUUGUGUGUGUGCGCGCUGCAGAAACUUGCACGAGAAAUGUACAUUCGUCGAAUAAAAAUGUGCUUAUUCUCGUUUUAA